GAGCUCGUACUGGCCAAGGGGUCACAGAGUUAGGCCCGACGGCGACAGAAACGUCAACAUGGCGGAGUUGCGCGCGCUGGUGGGAAUCAAGAGGGUCAUAGACUAUGCGGUGAAGAUCCGCGUGAAGCCGGACAAGAGCGGUGUGGUGACAGAUGGGGUGAAGCACUCCAUGAACCCCUUCUGCGAGAUCGCGGUGGAGGAGGCCGUGCGCCUGAAGGAGAAGAAGCUGCUGCAGGAGGUGAUUGCCGUCAGCUGUGGCCCCAAGCAGUGCCAGGAGACCCUGCGCACAGCUCUGGCCAUGGGUGCCGACCGCGGCAUCCACGUGGAGGUGUCCGAAGGCGAGGCGGAGAAGCUGGGACCCCUCCAGGUCUCCCGAGUGCUGGCUGCCCUGGCCCAGAAAGAGAAAGUGGGGCUCGUGCUUCUGGGGAAACAGGCCAUCGAUGAUGAUUGUAAUCAGACCGGACAGAUGACGGCCGCCAUGCUGGACUGGCCUCAGGGCACAUUUGCCUCAAAGCUUACAGUAGAGGGGGACAAGUUGACAGUAGAGCGAGAGGUCGAUGGCGGCCUUGAGACAGUGCGCCUCAAGCUGCCGGCCGUGGUGACGGCUGACCUGCGGCUGAACGAGCCCCGAUACGCCACCCUGCCCAACAUUAUGAAAGCCAAAAAGAAGAAGAUUGAAAUGAUGAAGCCGGCGGACCUGGGGGUGGACACCUCCUCCCGGGUUUCUGUGCUCAGCGUGGAGGACCCGCCCCAGCGCACCGCAGGGCUCAAGGUGGAGAGCGUCGAGGACCUCGUGGCCAAACUGAAAGAGGCAGGGCACGUCUGACCCCCUUCCCCCAAUAAAUUUGUUGCACCCUC